CAAAAAAGUGGUACUGGUAGCUGGUACAGUGAAUACCUGGCAGAAGGAGAUCGCAACAGAGUCGAGGGGCAAUUAAACGUUUUGACCGCAAGCCAAUUUAGGGCACGGGUUUCGGUUGCCGAUGCCAGGUAACUGGAGGAUGCAAACGGGAGGAGGCAGCCUGAUUCGUCAGGUAGCAGGUAAGGCGAGCAGCCAAUCACGUUGCAGACACUAUACCGUACACAGGUAUAUAAGCGUCAGUCCUCGGUCAGCCUCUUCAGUUAUCCUUCGAUCCUCGAGCAGCAAACAUGUUGACCAACAACGAAGCCAUGGAGCAGUUCUACUACCACGAAGACGCCACAGUUCUACCGCAAUUCCUGGACAACAUGCAGGGCAACGAUGCCUUCCAGCAACUGGAGCAACUGAUAUACCAACAGGACUUUACCUGCAACGCCGACAGCCUCUCCGAGGGCACCAGCAGCUGCUCCAUGGAGCAGUUGUACUACGACACGCCGGCGGUCCUGGAACUGGAGCAUAUGCUGAGCGCCCAGGAGCAGCAGCAGAAUCCCUCCAACUCCCUGGGAAAGAGCCAGACAAGGAGUACGAAAUACUGGAACAAGCAGCACCGCAGCAAGCCUUACGACAAGCUAUCCAUGUCCUCCGCCUCCUCAUCGUCCUCCAGCUCCUCCUCCUCUGGUUGCGGCGGUGGCGAUGUCCUGCGAAAGCGCCGACUGGCGGCCAACGCCCGGGAGAGGAGGCGGAUGAACAGCCUGAACGACGCCUUCGACAAGCUGCGGGACGUGGUGCCGUCUCUGGGUCACGACCGACGGCUCUCCAAGUACGAGACCCUGCAAAUGGCGCAGGCCUACAUUGGCGACCUGGUCACCCUGCUCUCCAGAGACUACUGAUCGGGAAGGCACAGGAUUCAAACUCGUUCCUUUCCAGCAACACCAUCGACCUAGUGGAAAACUUAUAAAGGCUGUUAGUUUUAAGUUAUUAUUGUAGUUUUAAAAGCAUUUAGUUUAAAAAUAAGAUAAAUAAAUAAAAUUGGAAGAUAAAACUGAAAAAAAUUGUAUUUUAUGAUUAAGGAUUAGUGUGGAUGGGGAUAUUGCAGGACUUUUCAUUGAGGAAGUAUAAAAGGAAAUAAUUUAA